AGUUUAUUCGAUAAUGUUUGUUUUGUGUAGGAGAAUCUGCUGAUUUUAUUGUUGUUAUUAUUCACUGUUUUUAAGUGUCAUUCUGAGUUAAGUUUCGGAUAUGUAAAGUGUGAGUUGAAGCUUUCAACUAUCAACAAGGAUCUAUUAUUUAUGAUUAAUUUUCAGGUUUUUAAAUUUCCUUAAGAGCUAAAAUGGAGCUCAAAGUAUACGUGGAUGGUGUACCAAAAGUAGUUUGCGGCGUUACAGAAUCGACAACAUGCCAGGAAAUUGUAGUAGCAUUAGCGCACUCAAUGGGUCAACCUGGUAGAUAUGCUCUAAUUAAGAAAUUUCGAGGUUCCGAGCAUCGAUUAGCAGCAAACGAAAAACCAAUAGAGCUCCUCUCUCAACACGGAGAUCACUCAAAUAGCGUCGUCUAUUUUUUACAAAAUAUUGAAUCUGGAAGAGUACUAAUGCCACCGAUGAAGACCUCUUCCUUAAGAAAAUCUAAUACAUUUACGGGAAAACACAGAGCCUCUGGAAAAAAUGAUAAAAAGCCUUUUUUACAAUUAAACCAAAAAGAGAAAUCCGCAUCAAUAGAUAGUGGUAAUCAUGAUAGGGCAACGCAAAUGCUUGAUUUCAUCAACAGACAACGUGAGAAACUAGAAAAACAAGAAGUAGAGCUCAAAAAAAAAGAAAGUGAGAUUAGACACAGGGAAAGAUCACUGCCAAAUCAUAAAACGCCGGAUAAUCAGAAAAUAUUGCCGUCUGUAUCCGAAGAAAUGCUUGUUCAACUUGAUAAUGAAAUUCAAAUGCUUGAGUCUCAGAAGAAAAGUGAUAAAAUCAGGUUAAAUCAGUGUUCAGAGGAUUUAAUCAAUUAUGAGUCAAAAUUAACUCAAUUACACAAAAAUUUAUCGAGUAAAUUAGAAAAUAUAAGCAAUAUUGAAAAAUUAAUCGAUAAAGAACGAACCGAUUCUGAACAACUUGUUGAAGAGUUGAAUAGGGUUCAAAAGGACUUAAUUAAAGCGAAGGAGAAAGGAGGAACAUUUGAGAGUGAACAAAUUGCCAUCGAAAAUGAAAUUCAAAAAUUAACUCAACUUUUACAAAAGAAGAAAGAAUAUUAUUCUAAUUUAGGCAAAGAGGUUAUAGAAAUGAAUUAUAUAGUUUUUGAAGAAAGCGAAGACACGCAAGUUAUAAUUAAUCCACUACCUAAUCAAACCUUAGAGAAAGCAGAACUUUCACCCUUUGGCGUUCAAAUAUCAACCCCACAUCCUCAAGGUUUGUGGGUAUAAUAAAGGAACAACUUUUAUUAUUCCAUAUACACAUCUUUUUAUACCUUUUUAUUUGUUAAAAGAUUUAACCUAAACCACCUGACUCAAAAACAAAAGCGGAAUUGUUAAUAAUAUGAACAAGAAUUUUCAUUCUUUUCUUUCCUUUUCUUUCUUUUUUCAAUGUUAUUCACAGUUAAUUUGAGAGCAGAAGAAAAUUUUAGAUAAGAAAUAUUAACAAACAAAAUCAUAUAUAAGUAAGAACGAACUGGUGAUAAUGAUAGCAAAAUAUUUUGCCAUCGUCUACCUUGCUUGAAGAGUUGUAUUCAUUUGCAAUAUAUGCAGUAGUCAUCUACGAUAAGGAAUACUAUUUUUUUGAAUGGCCAAGACUUAAAAGCUGUUUUAUUAUAUACACUCGUUAAGAAUACUAAUAUCUAAUUCACUUGUAUUUUUUAGCAAAUAGCCAUGACAAAAUUAAUGAACGAAAUAAUAUAUGCUUAUAUAUACAAUAUAUACAAUAUAUAUAUAUAUAUAUCAAUGUACUGUUUUUCAAAGAGACCCUUGCCUGCAGAUAAAAAAAUAAAAUAAUUAGAAAAUAUGAAAUACAUAGCUUUAAUGUUCAUUUUAAACUUUUUGAAUAUUUAAUGUACUAUACUGUAUAUACUGUAUAUAAAUUUAUAUAGUAUAUGCAACUUUCAAAAUAACUGCCCAAAUACUAUGCCUUUGAUUUAUGUUUUUCCACAAUAUGUUCAAGCUACCAAUGUUUUAUACAAUUUAUAAAAAAGAUUUAGGUUAUUUAUUAAUCUUUUUUCUCUUAUUUUUAUUCUUUUAACCUAUUUUAUAGAUAAAUAGAUGUUUUGUUUUUUUUUCGUGACUACCUCUACUUUUUUGUAACAUUAAUUCAUUCAUAAAGCUGUA